CAUGUAAUGACAAAUGUCAGUGCACACAUAAUGUUAGGCAUACGGAGUGUCAGGAUCUCAUCCUGCUGAUGCCACACGUUUUAUUGCCUGUAUUCAAUUUUUGUCUUCCUAAAAGCUCCGUUUUUUAGUUCGGCAGCUUAUAAAAACUUUGUUAUGGUUCUUUACCCUGUUGUUAGUGCAUUCAACCACACCGCAGCUUUUAGGCAUUUUUCUGUUGUUUGUUAGAUGGAAUUGACAAGGAGGCACCUUCACACAUUACAAAGUCAAGGUAGAGCGAUGAAUUGUUUUCUCCAUGUGUGGGCAGGACUUAAAUGCGCUCUGUCUCUAUGGAUUGAAAAUGUUUUUUUUAUGCUUACAUACAAUAGACUCAAUGGAUCGACUGCCAGAACAGUUAAAGCUUGUCAGAGCUUCAUCAUCAGAAAGAGCGCUAGAAAGAAGAGCUUACCUCUGUCUACAUAACAGAACACAGUGCUGACGUGGAGUACGGUUCUCUACAUUAAACACUGUGUUUAAGACAAUAUAAGUUUGAGAUUAUUUUUACAAUGGACUUUUUCAACUCCGCUCUUGGAAAAAACAUCACUUUUGUGCGUCCCGCAUACUUCAUAAUAAGUGGAUUUAUUGGCAUACCAUAUAUUAAGUAUAUAUAUGUCUUUCUCUUUUUUGUUUAUCUUGUUUCAGUGCUGGGAAACACAGUUGUAAUGGCCGUAAUAUACUUGGAUCAUAAUCUGAGAACUCCAAAAUAUGUUGCUGUUUUUAAUUUAGCUUUUGUGGACCUUUGUGGUAGUUCUGCUCUGGUGCCAAAGCUUCUUGACAUCUUUCUGUUGAACCAUCCCUACAUCCCCUACAACGACUGCUUGGCAUUCCUAUUUUUCUGCUACACCUGCCUUUCUAUGCAGUCAUUUAAUCUGGUUACACUUUCCUAUGACAGACUGAUAGCUAUCAUCUUCCCACUGCACUAUCAAGUGAAGGUGACCCACAGGUUUAUGCUGUCGUUGAUUGCCUCAUUCUGGGUCUUUGUUAUUAUUGUUGUACUUAUUGCAGUUGGCCUUCUUACAAGACUUUCCUUCUGUAAGUCUGUGGUUAUUAACAGCUAUUUCUGUGACCAUGGCCAGAUAUACAAGCUGGCCUGCAAUGACACAACUCCCAACUCUGUCAUUACUGUGUUGUUGCCGCUUCUUAUUCUUUGGCUGCCACUGACAUUUAUCUUGUUUAGUUAUUCAUAUAUUGGCUAUGCAUUGUCUAAAGUAGCCACAGUUCAGGAAAGAGUAAAGGCCUUUAAAACCUGCACAGCUCAUCUUUCAUUAGUGACAAUUUAUUUUCUCCCAAUAAUAAUCACAUUUACUAUGAGUUCAAAAAUAGAUCCAAAUGCCAGGAUCAUAAACCUGGCUCUGACCUCCGUCUUUCCUCCCAUGCUGAACCCAAUCAUUUAUGUUCUGCAGACGCGAGAAAUCAAAGAAUCUGUAAAAAAAAUAUUAAAAAUCAGAAAGAAAUCCCAAAUUACGGUGAAGAAAUGAAUCCUAAAGUGACCAUUUGUGUAUCUAUUUUAGGCUUUGUGUUUAGGACAUUAUGUACAUUAAAGUAAAACUUGUUGAUAAAAUUCAAAUAAGCAA